AUGGUAGAAGAGAAUGCCAAACAGCCAAAAUUCCCUAAGAAUAAAUUCGUUGUAGAUGAAUAUGCAGUUGGUAUAAAUUUCUGUAAACAUAACAAAGAAGUAUUUGUAGGUGAUCUUCCUAAGGAUCAUCCGUGCAGAAAAGAGGGAAAUAUAUUUGAAGAGAUGUCAACUUAUUUUGUUCUUCCACUAAUAAGAGACGCAUUCCUGUGGAUAUUUGAAUUUAUAAGAAAUCUUAUCCAUGUUGGGUAUAUGGAAGUUAUGUACAUAAUAACAUUUUUAUUCUAUUUAAAUACGUACAAAGUAUACUCAACACAAUUUCAUAAUUCAAGAUUAUUUAUGACAAUUAUUUGUGAUUGUAUAAUGUACUUUCCACUUAUAAUAGCACAGGUCUGUCAUACAUCAAGGAAUUCUGGUAGUCAGAUGCAGUCUGUUGCAUAUAUAAUUUUUGCGUAUGCUAUAGUAGCACUUCCCAGAGGAUUUCUUAUUUUUAUAGAAAAUAUUAAAAAUGCUCUUUGGUCAAUUAACGUAAAUACGGUUGGUGGUACAAAGGUAUUUUAUGGAAUAGCAAGUGUAUACUCUGUUUUUUAUGGACUAACAAUUGCACUAGUGAUUUACAUGCAUGAAAAUUCGUUUGCAGUGAAUUGGUUUAAGAAAAAAAUAUCUGAUUUAUACUUACGAGAGUGUGCAGCUGGCCUAGUGGCAUUCUCUAUUAUCCGGGCUAUGUUCCUGUAUACUGAAUGCCUUCUUGAUAACAAUCCGUACAAGAAAAAGAAUGCGCUAAGUUCCGAAGAAGAAGCAGCAAGACUUAGAAGAACUCUUUUCAUAGCUAUGGUAUACAUGGCAGUAGUGAUUGGCUCAGUCUCUUUCAUAUACACAUAUUAUUCAAUAGGAAGAGCAGCCAGAGAUACAAGUAUUGUUGAAGACAUAGACACUAUUAACUUUAUGGCCAGUCGUAUAAUGUGUGAUCCGGUUGCUCUGGUAGCUAAAAUAGCAAAGAACACAUUCAGUGACUUCUGGGUAGAGGUAAAAACAAUUUUCAGUGAGAUUGCUGAUACCUUCGAAAAAGCAUCAUCUUUUAUAGACCUUUCAUACAUAUAUAAUCCAUAUGCAGCAAUGUAAUUUCAAAUAUACAUAAUUAAAGGAAAUUCUCAUAAGGUAAACAACAGCUCUAAGAUAGAGUCGUAAAUAUAUUUCUUCCAGGAGAUAGGCAC